AUGGCGGCUGGAGUGGCCACGUGGCUCCCCUUUGCCCGGGCGGCGGCGGUGGGCUGGCUCCCACUGGCCAAGAAGCCCAUGCCAAAGCCUCCCGUCGACAAGCAACGCCGUGGCGACGAGAUCUUGGUGGUCAACGUCAGCGGGAAACGCUUCCAGACGUGGAAGAAUACCCUGGACCGCUACCCGGAUACCUUGCUGGGCAGCUCGGAGAAGGAGUUCUUCUACGACGAGGACAGCCAGGAGUACUUCUUCGACCGCGACUCCGAGAUGUUCCGUCACAUCCUCAAUUUCUACCGGACCGGCCGGCUUCAUUACCCUCGCCACGAGUGCAUCCAGGCCUUUGACGAGGAGCUGUCUUUCUACGGCAUCAUCCCGGAGCUGAUCGGCGACUGCUGCUUGGAGGAAUACCGGGACCGCAAAAAGGAGAACGCCGAACGCCUCGCGGAGGACGAAGAAGCGGAGAUAGCCACUGACACGGGCUUGCCGCCGGGUAGCACGUUCCGCCAACGGCUCUGGAGAGCGUUCGAGAACCCCCAUACCAGCACUAUGGCGCUGGUCUUCUAUUACGUGACUGGGUUCUUCAUAGCCGUGUCGGUCAUCGCCAACGUGGUGGAGACCAUCCCCUGCCAGCCGCGUCCCGGAGAGAAGAGAAACCUGCCCUGCGGAGAGCGGUUCCCCAAAGCUUUCAUCUGCAUGGACACGGCGUGUGUCCUCAUCUUCACCUUCGAGUAUCUCAUGCGCCUCUAUGCGGCCCCGAGCCGGUUCAAGUUCAUGAAGAGUGUGAUGAGCAUCAUCGACGUGGUGGCCAUCAUGCCCUAUUACAUCGGGCUGGUGAUGCCGGAAAACGAGAACGUCAGCGGGGCCUUUGUGACGUUGAGGGUCUUCCGGGUCUUCCGGAUCUUCAAGUUCUCGCGUCACUCGCAAGGGCUGAGGAUCCUGGGCUACACCCUCAAGAGCUGUGCCUCGGAACUGGGCUUCCUCCUCUUCUCCCUCACCAUGGCCAUCAUCAUCUUCGCCACCGUCAUGUUCUAUGCGGAGAAGGGGACCCAGGCCACCAACUUCACCAGCAUCCCCGCCGCCUUCUGGUACACGAUUGUCACCAUGACGACGCUCGGCUACGGUGACAUGGUGCCCAGCACCAUCGCAGGGAAGAUCUUUGGCUCCAUCUGCUCCCUCAGUGGGGUGCUCGUCAUCGCCCUCCCGGUUCCCGUCAUCGUGUCCAACUUCAGCCGCAUCUACCACCAGAACCAGCGGGCAGAUAAACGGCGGGCCCAGCAGAAGGUUCGCUUGGCCCGGAUCCGGCUGGCCAAGAGCCGCACGACAAACGCUUUCCUGGGGUACAAACAGAACGGAGGCCUUGAGGACAGAGACCCUGAGGCUCACGCUUUGGUCGUGCGCAAUCGAUCGGCCUUCGAAAAGCAGCACCAUCAUCUCUUGCACUGCCUGGAGAAAACCACUAGUCACGAGUUUGCCGACGAACGCAACUACAGCGAGUUCUGCCUGUCGGACCCCCUCGGCUACCGCACCAGCCGCAGCACCUCCCUCUCCUCCCAGCAAGGGAGCAGCGGCAGGGGGAUCCUCGGCACCUCGUGCUGCCCACGCCGCGCCAAGCGCCGCACCACCCGCCUCACCAACUCCACCAUGUCCAUGAGCCGCGCCAGCGCUCAGGAGCUCGACACGUUGCAGAGUCAGAAGAGCGAAAAAAACUUACAGGAGCUACUGUAA